CUCCUCAGCUUGUGGAUCUAUAGGAGGCAGUUUUAGUUGUGGCUCAACGAUGCGCUCCGCUGGGAGAUGCUGCGUGCUUCUGCUGCUGAUGGAAAGUGUCCUGCCGGACCCGGGGACCUCCAACCAAGUGGUUCUGCUGGACACAACAACAGUACUGGGAGAGCUGGACUGGAAGACGUAUCCAGUCAAUGGGUGGGACGCCAUCACGGAGAUGGACGAGCAGAACAGACCCAUUCACACCUUCCAGGUUUGCCAUGUCAUGGAGCCGAACCAGAACAACUGGCUGAGGUCCGGCUGGAUUCAGAGACAAGCUGCACAGCGGGUGUACGUAGAGCUGCGUUUCACCCUGCGAGACUGUAACUCCAUUCCAUGGGUCUCUGGCACCUGCAAGGAAACAUUCAACCUCUUUUACCUGCAGACAAACGAGCCCCUUCCUGCAACAACGCGGUUUCGGCCGUCCGACUACGCAAAGGUGGACACCAUAGCAGCAGACGAAAGCUUCACGCAGACGGAUCUUGGAGAUCGAGUUCUUCGCCUCAAUACGGAGGUCAGGGAGGUGGGACCGGUGACGCAGAAAGGGUUCUACUUGGCUUUUCAAGAUGUGGGAGCUUGUAUUGCACUUGUGUCAGUCAAGGCGUUUUAUAAACGCUGCCCAUCAGCUUUAAGGAACCUUGCCGCGUUUCCUGAAACGGUGCCGCACAUGGAUUCGUCCUCACUGGUGGAGGUGAGAGGGGCGUGUGUGGAGAACGCAGAGGAGAGGGACACACCUAAACUGUACUGUGGUGCUGAUGGUGACUGGCUGGUACCACUGGGUCGAUGCAUCUGUAGCAUUGGCCACGAGGAGAUGGAUGGCCACUGCCGGGCUUGUAGGCCUGGCUUCUUCAAGGGAAAUGCUGGGAACUUCAAAUGCCCCAAGUGUCCUCUGCACAGCUCCAGCCAUGACCAGGCGGCCACCAUCUGUCACUGCGAUAAAGGCUUCUACAGGGCCAACAAAGACCCCCCGACGAUGCCGUGCACAAGGCCUCCAUCAGCUCCCAGGAACCUGGUUUCACUGCUCAACGACACGGCUCUUUUCUUGCACUGGAUGCCUCCCGCUAACACAGGAGGAAGAAGCGACGUCACGUACAACAUCUUGUGCCAAAGAUGUGAUGGAGGUGACAGUGGUGUAAUGCAAUGUGAGCCGUGUGAGCCUGAUCUGCGCUUCAUCCCUCGUCCACUUGGUAUCACUGGUACAUCCGUGGCAAUACUGGAUUUUGCGAUGCACGCCAACUAUACAUUCCACGUGGAAGCGGUGAAUGGCGUCUCUGAGCUGGGUGUGGCUGCACGCUCACUGGCAAACGUUACCGUCACCACACAUCAAUCUGGUCCUGCUUUUUUGGGGACAGUGAAGAAAGACUGGGCCACUUACAGCAGCAUCGCCCUCUCCUGGUCAGAAGUGGAACCACCUCCUUCAGAGAUUCUGGACUAUGAAGUGAAAUACUACGAGAAGGAGCAAGAGCAGCUGAGCUACUCAUCAACACGGACCAGAACCGCCAGCGUGCUGGUAACGGGCCUCAGACCCUCAACUGUUUAUGUCUUCCACGUGCGCGCUCGCACUGCAGCGGGCUUCACAGCUUACAGCCACAACUUUGAGUGUGCGACAGCAGCCGAGGAUCCAGAUGUUGCAGAUCAGGGUCAGGUUCUGGUGGUUGUCACAGCAUCUGUAGGUGGCUUCUCCCUCCUCGUCAUCCUCACCCUCUUCCUCCUCAUCACUGGACGGUGUCAAGGAUACAUUAAAGCCAGGAUGAAGUCAGAGGAGAAGAGGACUCGCUUCCACAGCGGUCACGUCCCAUUCUCGGGGAUAAAGACCUAUGUGGAUCCAGACACGUAUGAAGAUCCCACGCUGGCUGUGGAAGAAUUUGCCAAAGAAAUCGACCCAUCAUACAUCUGCAUUGACAGAGUGAUCGGUGCAGGUGAAUUUGGAGAAGUCUGCAGCGGCCGCUUACGGAUACCUGGAAGGAAAGACAUUGCUGUGGCUAUAAAAACUCUUAAAGGUGGCUACAUUGAGCAGCAGAGGCGAGAAUUUUUGCGUGAGGCCUCGAUCAUCGGACAGUUCAACAACUCAAACAUCAUCAGGCUGGAGGGAGUAGUCACCAAGAGUAAGCUCUUCAUGCGUUUCUAUGAGGGAAGGACUGGGUGUCUAAGUGUUUUACAACAGUUUAUAUCAGUUUGAUUUAUUCCUGUAGCUCUUUCUUCAGGUCGACCAGUGAUGAUAGUAGUGGAGUACAUGGAAAAUGGUGCGCUCGACUCAUUCCUCCGGGCACGUGAUGGUCAGUUCACGGUGCUCCAGCUGGUCGGCAUGCUGCGCGGCAUCGUAGUGGGCAUGACUUACCUUUCAGAUAUGGGUUACGUUCACCGAGACCUGGCUGCUCGGAACAUUUUACUGGAUGAGAACUUGAUCUGUAAGGUGUCUGAUUUUGGCAUGUCCCGAGUUCUGGAGGAUGACUCUGAUGCAUCUUACACAACCACAGGAGGAAAGAUACCGAUACGCUGGACGGCACCAGAGGCUAUUGCUUAUGGAAAGUUUUCCUCAGCUAGUGAUGUCUGGAGCUAUGGCAUCGUCAUGUGGGAGGUGAUGUCAUAUGGUGAAAGGCCCUACUGGGAAAUGUCCAAUCAGGAUGUCAUUUUAUCAAUUGAAGAAGGCUACCGGCUACCUUCACCUGUCGGCUGCCCGGUGCUCCUGCACCAGCUGAUGCUGCAUUGCUGGCAGAAGGAGGGGGGCCAACGGCCACACUUUAAUGACAUUCUCUCCUCUCUCGACAAACUCAUAAUAAAUCCCAGCAGUAUACUAACUCUUUUCAAUGAUGCUAUGAGUUUUACCGACUCCCCAGAGGACAUGCCAGACUACCCCCUGUUCAUCUCCAUCGGGGACUGGCUCGACUCCAUCAAAAUGUGCCAGUACAAGAGCAACUUCUUGGCAGCAGGAUACACUACGCUGGAUUCUAUUUCCACCAUGAGUAUAGACGACAUCAAACGCAUCGGUGUGUGUUUGAUUGGCCACCAGAGGCGGAUCAUAAGCAGCAUUCAGUCUCUUCGACUGCAGCUCCAUCACAUCCAGCAGAGCGGCUUUCAAGUUUGAGCCCGAUUCACACAA